AUGAUGCCGCUGCUGAACGCCGAAGCUGCACCAACACAGCGACCGGUGCCGGGGUUGGUUCCCGAGCUCGAUGCCAGUUGGGUUUCUGUCACAUCGGGGCAUAAGUUCAGGGGAGUGUAUCUGGAUGCUGUGCCUUCGGGAGAGCCUCAUAUUCAAGUUGCCAGCAUCAGUACUGACCGCGGACCAGUUGAAAGAUGCCGAAUGGCGAGGAAGAGUAGCACAGGACGGACCUGAUGGUUCAUGCUGAUGCGCCGCCCGCUCCACAAGGUCCCUGUGGAGAACCGCGGAAAAAUUUCUGAUCUGAUUAGGCGUCUAGGCUCUGGACAUCGCGGAGAAAUCGCCCAAGGCACAAGUGAUCGCAAAAGACACCAGUCCCAUGCAGCCCUCAUGGGUCUUGCCGAAGCCCCUGUUGAUCGUGGAGAACUUCGAAGACUAGAUGCACGAGACGAUAGCUUUGAUUUCACCCACGGCACGACUCCUAGCAGGGCCCGUCUCUCUCCUUCCCACCUGAAUAACCGGGAGCCUAGUUCUGAGUUUUUCUUGUGCGUCGCCGAGUGGCCCGGCUUUAUGAAAACUCUUACGACCACGUGA